AUGAUGCUGGGCCUGGAACAAUAUCUACAGCAUCGUCCGAACCCAUUUAGCUCUCGAAAUACAUACGAUGACUCAGAUUCUGGUUAUGAUGAUACUGCUGUCAGCAGCGGGUUGCUCUCCGAGGAUAUCACAGAUGUGGACGAGAAUCCCGAGAUCGAUAUCAGGAAACACGAGCCGGAAGGCAAAAACAAGCCACUAAACCUUCUACAUCUUCUAUCAGGGAAACAGAAUAGCAAGAAAAAGCCACAGAAGAAGGACUCGAAAGCCGAGAGAUCAAAGGAGGGGACUGAUGAACUCACUGACCUUUCCUCAAGUAAGCUGGAACUGGAGGUGUCGUUCCCCAAACCGGAAUCACUUGAGCAGCUCGAACAGAAGAUGUACGAUUCAAAGAAAUCCAUGUCAGCAAUGGAUCUUCUACGAGCCCGCACGAAGAAGAAGAAUGAAAGCUUCAUAAGCCCAGAUGAACAUGUGGAAAUAGUAUCUGACAACGAUUCCCUUGACGAGCCUGUCGAGGUUCUUGAAGAACGACCAGUCAAUGCUGUUGCCGUACGGGACAUCUUCUCCAAUUUUGCACCUAAAAAGACGAAGGGCAAGGAUGGAAAAUGGAGGCUCAAUGUCAGAUUCAAAAUCAGUCCAGCAAGAUUAGCAGAAAUUAAGAAAUUUGAGGAUCCCUUCCGUACGCGAGGCAAUGUUGGCAGUGGCACCAGUAUGCUCAAUACCUUGAUGAAGAAGAGACCUUCCAAAAUGGUAACUCUACGACUCUCCCCGGAGUUCUUACAGUCUAUCCAAAAGUCGCUCAAUCCACUCUAUACCAAAAGCUCAGGUAUUAAAACCGGAAAAAGUGCCAACAGCGUGUUUGCACAGAUGAUGCAGACCGCCAGCAUAUCAGCAUACCCAAAACUCACUCCAUUACAGAAAGCUAAAGAGCUAGAUCCUCCAGAUAUAGAACGAGGAAUCAUGCAUGUCUACGAAACAGACACAUGCAACACUAGACAGCAUUGCUUUGAGCAGCUAUCGCCCAAGGCCAUAAAGAACAUAACCUUCCACAUGGAUGGUUCAUUUUUUGCAACUUAUGAAAUAGACGAGGCUACAAAACGCAAAAGGUCCCUAAUUCACAUCACAACCACGAAUACAGAAGACAUUUGUGACUUUGUUGCUGACCGGUCACCCCUAGCAUUUGAGGAGGAAACUCACAUACGCAUUUACAAGGAUUUCAUCCAAAAUCAUUCCCCAGAGAGCAACAGGCUUUGGCCUGACAAAUUUUCCCCAAAAAGCACCGACCAAUUACUUCUUGAUCCUCAGACCAAGUAUACUUUACGCAGAUGGAUAGAGAAUGCGUUUGCUAUAUUGAAGACGCAAUCGACGAAAACCCCUCGUAAUAUAAAGAUAAAGGAGCAGAAGCAACGGCGUCAAAAAAUGCAAGACUUCAUAGUUGAUGACUUUGAAGAGGAUUCUGAAGAAACCGAGGAAGAUGUUUUCGUCCCGGUCCUCAUUCUUGAAGGUCAAUCUGGAUCUGGGAAGUCAGCAGCAGUGUAUGCAGCCAUGAAUUCGCUCAAUGGUUACGUUCAUGAGAUCAAUUCAGGGCAGAAUCGAUCAAGGAGAGAGUUGUAUGGUCCGCUCAAGGAGUUUUGUACCACAAACAUCAUCAAUAAGAAUGACCAGGAGAAAAGCUUCCAACGCGGUUUAGUGUUUUUCGAGGACUGUGACGUUUUAUUCGAACAGGAUAAGACCUUCUGGACCGCUGUUCAAGACGUGAUCAACUUCUCAAAGCGACCAUUAGUGAUCUCCGUUCAGGAUUCUACUGUUAUUCCCAGGUCUAUCUACGAACAGGCUCAGGAGCAAAAUGCUAUCUUGACCUUUGAAAAUCAUGACACUGCAGCAUUUGAACAAUAUGUCUGGCUUUGCUGCUUUUCUCAGGGCUUUGAUCUUACGCAAAAUGCCCUAUCUUGGGUGACAGCUCAAAGUGGUAAGUAUGCCCAUGACGUCCGGAAGGCACUUAUGCAAUGCCAAUGGAUUUGUUCUGCCGACGAGGACCUUAGCUCUGACGAGGUGCUCACGCUAGACAUUCAAGCUGAUGAGCCAGAUGAUACCAAGAUCGAGUCUCUCGAAAGUUUGGCUCUGGUCUGCGAUCUUCAUUCUGAAGCCGAUACAAUUGAGCUGAACAUGCGAUCCAGCAAACUUCAAGAGCACCAUCCCAACGAGCUUCUUGAUAUAUAUACUGUGGACGACGGUCAAAUGUUGAGGCCCUUCCCAGAACCUGAAGAAUGCAACAUUGGUACCUACUUGAAAGAGUUGGUUCCCCACGAGGUCAAACUUCCAGAGGAAAGAAACUACAUUGACUUUCUUGGCCUCGAGAACAAGGAAACUACCAAAGGCAAUCCAGGAGUAUCAGAGCUUUCGUACGUCCACCAGAAGUCGAUCAAAUGA